CUGCAAUAGACUGUAAUGGAUUGCUUUGAAGUCACUUCAGCACCAAAGGGAAAAAAUAUCGCCCCCCAACCGCCCCUCCCAGUCCUUUCUUUUGCCAGGACCGAGUUAGCAACCCUCCUCUCGGGUCCCUCCCAGCUCUACAAUCCUACGCAUCUCUCCCCCCACCCCGCCCCAUCUCCCUUCCUCAAAAGCGAAAAUCCUAGCAGCCUGCCAGCCUUUCCACCAGCCUCGCUCCGCGCGCCCCUUUCCGCGCCGGGGCAUCGUGUGAACGCUGUCCCGCGUGUCAAGAUCAGGCGGGCAGGGCGGGGACGAGCCAUCCUUGGGAUUGGGUUUUUUUUUUUUGUUUGCCGGCUCGGCGGUCUGCCGCUCGUGACGCGCGCGCGGAGGAGGGGAAUCCGGGGCGCGCGCCUGGGCUGCUGCUUGGCGGCGCCUCCUCCUCCUCCUGCUCGCGAGCGGCCGGUCCCUACGCGGCGGCGGCGCUCCAAUCCCGGCCCGGAAGAAGGCGGCGGCGGCGGCGGCGGCGCGGGGAGGCAUGUCAGGGCGUCUCUAAGCGGGCAGCUCCCUCUCCGCCCCCGCGCGGACUCCUGCUGCGAGGCGGGCGCCGCUUCCUCUCCUCUCGCUCCGUCGCUGCGCUGCGCUCUGGCUGCGGCUGGUGGCUCCCGACGCGCAGCAUCCGCCGCCGCCGGGCGGAGCUCCGUCCCUGCCCUGCCCGGGCUGCGCAGGCCGGGAGAAGCCGAGCCCCAUCGCCCGCCGACGGACGACCAAGGAGCGCGCCCCCGUCCCUCGCUUUCUCCGCGCCCGGCAGCCGAGCCGCCAGCCGAGGCCAUGGGCGACAAAGGCACCCGGGUGUUCAAGAAAGCCAGUCCCAAUGGGAAGCUCACCGUCUACCUGGGCAAGAGGGACUUCGUGGACCACAUAGAUGUCGUCGAUCCAGUGGAUGGCGUCGUGCUGGUCGAUCCAGAAUACUUAAAAGAAAGGAAAGUUUUCGUGACCCUCACGUGUGCCUUCCGCUACGGCCGCGAGGACCUGGACGUCCUGGGCCUGACCUUCCGCAAGGACCUCUUUGUCGCCAACAUCCAAGCCUUCCCUCCGGUCACUGAGGAGAAGAAGCCUCUGACGCGGCUCCAGGAACGGCUGAUUAAGAAGCUCGGUGAGCAGGCCUACCCUUUUACCUUCGAGAUCCUUCCCAACCUUCCCUGCUCCGUGACGUUGCAGCCGGGACCCGAAGACACAGGAAAGGCUUGCGGUGUUGACUAUGAAGUGAAAGCUUUCUGUGCAGAGAGUCUGGAGGAGAAGAUCCACAAAAGGAACUCAGUGCGCUUGGUGAUCCGCAAAGUCCAGUAUGCGCCAGAGCGGCCAGGGCCGCAGCCGAUGGCCGAGACCACCCGGCAGUUCCUCAUGUCGGACAAGCCCCUGCACUUGGAAGCUUCCCUGGACAAAGAGAUUUACUAUCACGGGGAGCCGAUCAGCGUCAACGUUCACGUGACGAACAACACCAACAAGACGGUGAAGAAGAUUAAAAUCUCAGUUCGCCAAUACGCAGACAUCUGCCUCUUCAACACAGCCCAGUACAAAUGCCCCGUUGCAGUGGAGGAAGCAGACGACGUGGUGGCUCCCAGCUCGACCUUCUGCAAAGUCUACACAUUGACCCCGUUCCUCGCCAACAACCGGGAGAAGCGCGGCCUCGCCCUGGACGGGAAGCUCAAGCACGAAGACACCAACCUGGCCUCCAGCACACUGUUGAGAGACGGCGCCAACAAGGAGGUCCUGGGCAUCAUUGUCUCCUACAAAGUGAAAGUGAAGCUGGUGGUCUCUCGCGGCGGCCUGCUGGGAGACCUUGCCUCCAGCGACGUGGCUGUGGAGCUGCCAUUCACCCUAAUGCACCCCAAACCCAAGGAGGAGCCUCUGCAACGGGACGUUCCAGAAAACGAAGCUCCGAUUGACACAAAUCUCAUAGAGCUUGAUACGAAUGACGACGACAUCGUCUUUGAGGACUUUGCCCGCCAGAGGCUGAAGGGGGUGAAAGACGAGAAGGAGGACGACGACGACGGGAUGAGCUCCCCGCAGCUGAACGACAGAUAAACUGGAUCUCCUCCCCGUGGGUCUCUCUCUCCGUUUCCAAGUCCUGACACCUGAGCACUAGGCUUCUUAUCUUUUGUAUAAAGGUUUCUUUCUUUUUUCCAGGGUGGGGUUGGGGGUCGAGUUCCUUUGUUUUUUAAAACACUGACCAGGAACCUGUGGGGUGAGUCGGGGAGCUUGCGAGAGCCUUGGGUUCUUUUCCCACCUGCUCUGCAAGCCACAGAUUUUUCUGGCGGCCUCCAAGGAAGGGCGAAUGCCCACCCCUCUGUGAGCCACGCUGGAGGGGUGGGGGCUAUGUGUGCGUGUUUUCUGUCGUCGUCGUUGUUUGCCCAGGAAGGAGCAGUGGCCUUGCUUGGUAACUGUGCUCUGCUUUCUGCUGGGGGCUCCAUCCCAGUGUCCCCACCCCACUGGCUCCAGGGCCCUGCUGCUUUGCACCUCGCUCCGUUCACCUGCGGAACCCCCUGCCACAAGAUGCGGCAAUGGGCGCCUCUCGCCCUGACAGUUCCCAAGGCGAUUUUGGAGACCUCCUGACGGCUGUUAAACCAGGAGGCAAUGCGUCUGGAGCUGGCCGCCAUGGUCUUUGGGUCGGAUCCAGCGCUGUGCUGUCUUCCCAGGUUUUCCAUCUCUUGCCCCGAGGGCCUUUUUGAGAUGCUUAGAAUAUUAGAAUUGUAGAGUUGGAAGGGACCCUGCGGGUCAUCUAGUCCAACCCCCUGCAAUGCAGGAAUCUUUUGCCCAAUGUGUGGCCCUGAGUUCGAGUCUCAUGCUCCACCCACUGAGCUGUCCCAGGUCCAAAGAGGGGCUAUGACUCAGGGAGGGAGUUUAUCGGCAGGCUCAUUCCCCAUCAUCUCUAGAUAAAUGGAACAAGGUAGAAAAAGAUGCACAAGUUGAUGGAAUUGAGAUGAGGGUGAAGAAAGGCAGCAGUCCGGUUUUGCAGAAAUGGAGAAUUCUCCCUUCCAAACCCCUAUUGCAUGUUCUAAACGCUUUAGCUUCAUAGAAUUGCAGAGUUGGAAGGGAACGUGCAAAAGAUGUUCGGUGAAGUUGCUCUGAUUCCCGCCACCAGCUCAAAUUCCAGCCCCUGAAAGGGUUGUGCUUCGGGACGGCUGCAGCUCCCGGGAGUUACUGCCCUGGGUUCGAAUGCCGUGAUUUGCUACAUUCGGCUCCGAGAAGCCAAUCUGGACUGGAGAGCAAAACCUGCCACUCAAGUUUCCAUCGCCAGGCAUGGUGAGGGGUCUCUGUCUCCACACAAUGUGAUUUCAGUGAGCAAGGACUACGCAUUUGUUAUCUUAUUGAUUCCAUAAAAUAUAUACAGCUUGUUAAAACAAACCAACCAACCAACCAACCAACCUAAAAGCGGUUUACAAAGAGAACGAAGCGAUAAAAUUACCAGUAAAAACAUCUCUUUGAAAGAGAAAGUAUGUAAUAAACUAAGAACAUACUCAAACAUGCAUUGACGUUCCACAUGUCCAGACAGGCUUGUCUAAACAAGAAUGGUUUGGGCAGGCACUGAAAAUAGGAUGGUGCCAAUGAGCAGGGAGUUCCAAAGUGUAUGGGAGCCGUCACAUUAAAAUGUUGAUUUCUUACCAGUGUGGAACAGGCUCCUGUAGCAUUGCCGGUUUCUGCAGAUUGAUGCAGUCAGAAGGACACCUGUGAGGUUUGUGCCAUUAUCACGGACAGGCUGUCUGUCUCUCUCUCGAACAGGCAAAAUUUCCUGCCUUGAAUGCUGUCUCUUUAUGCUGUGAACCUCCCUGAGCUCGACAGGUGAAACUUAAUAAAUUUAAUAAUGAAUCUGCAGAGGUGGGCUCUGCAGAUGAAAUUUAAUAACAGCACCCUGGCAGCAGCUCGCCUGGAUUUCAGAAAGAAGUCUCCCUCCCUCUCUCACCUGCGAAUCCCCUCACGCUGUGCGUUUUACCUGCCUCACACCUGAUGUCAUAAAUCAGUGUCAGGUGUAGGGUAAGGCGGGUGUGGUCUGGCCAAAACAGCCUCAUGGGCCAAGGGGGAAGGUAUCGCGGGCCAAAUUCGGCCUGAGCCCCCCCCCCCCGCCAUUAAAGAUUGUUGUUGUUUAGUCAUUUAGUCAUGUCCGCCUCUUCGUGACCCCAUGGA